AUGAAGCAACUGACGGAUGCACAGCGUGCUGGCAGCAACGCAGAGACGCUGCGGCAAGUUCAGCAGAUCCUAGAGCUGCAGGCCCUGAUGAGUGCAAUUAAUGUGGAGCUUGGCAAGGUCCGUAGCUCGAAGCAGAAGGCAGAGCUGUCUGAAAAACAAAAGGCCCUGGAGGAACGCGACUUGAUGGUCUUCAAUGAGAUCCUUCCGGAAGCUGUUAGCAAGGCCAAUGCUGCAGAGGAUGCAGUGGAGAAAGCCGUGAUCACCUCGGAGAUGAUCGCUGCGGGCGGAGAAGACCUUGAUGAGGUUCGACAGGCUGUUGGAGCAACCGAGCAGGCACGAUUUGAGCUGCGCCGUGGGCUUCAAAGUGCUUGCCUUGCCCAGCAUGGCUUCAAUUGUGGCAUGCCGCGGCAUUACAAAAGCUUCUGGCGGGAGUUGGGACCCGAUUCACCAGCAAUGCAUGCGAUUGAAGAUGUCAGCGCCUCAACCUUGCCAUGUGUGAGCCUUGCGGCUCCUUUGAACAUACAAAAGAAGUCCCUGACGCAAGAUGAGGAGGCCUACAAUGUUUUACCCUUUGGAAUCACUCAAAAAAAAGCAUUGAGCAUGGAUCCUUCUCUGACAGCCACUUCAUUUGGAUAUGUGCCAGGGGUGUUUACCUUGUCGCCCACUGAUGAGGGACCCUUGAUCCCAGGGCUUACAUAUCUGAGGAAUUUCAUAUCGAAAGAUGAGGAGCAUGCCUUGCUAGCUGAGAUUGAUGACGGCCCGUGGGAUGGAGACAACAAGUCCAGACGAACCAAGCAGUUCGGAUAUGGCUUCCAUUGGCGCAACCGCCACUCGAACGCCCUGGUCCGCCUUGCACCACCGCAGGACCACAUGCCCAGGUCUUCGCAUGCCAUUCUUGAGCGUUUAAAGCUUCAUGGGUGCAUCGACUCAGUCAACUUUGAUCAGUGCAUUGUGAAUGACUAUAUUGGCGGACAAGGCAUCAAGGCGCACCGUGACAGGGAGUUCUUUGGCGAGGUGGUUCUUGGAAUGUCCUUGCUUGAGUCAGUGGUCAUGGACUUCAAAUGUCUCAAGACUGGAGAAGUGAGGGCACUUUUAUUGGAGCCACGCUCAGUACUGCGGUACGAGAGCGAGAAGGUGAAAGCCAAGGCUGCGAUCUCAGAACUGGGCGGAUUGCAAGCUCAGCUCCAAGAGGCUCAGCAGAAGCUGAGCCCACUGAAGAAUGUCCGACAGGAAUUUGUGCAGCGCACAGCUGCUCAGAAGAUGAUGCAAGAAGUCUUGGAGAAGCUAUCACCCGCGGAGGUAGAUGUUGAUCGUGCCGAAGAAGCCACGGAAAUGCUCAAGAGCGAGGAAGGCGUGUCCAAGGAGCUGAUGGUGCAGGCGCAACAAGCUGUCUCCAAGGCCGGUGAGCAUGUGAACGCUGUUGUGCGGUUCAUUGAGACGAAGAAGAAGAACGCAGUAGGCUAG